GGAAGAAGCGAAGGUGCACUGAUAUAGAGAGGCCAAUACGCAUCACUCCGUCAUUUCUGGUACUUUCCUUCAAGGCGGUCAUGGAAGAUAACUUGAAAGACUUUAGAACAAGAAAUUGAUAACUUCAAGCAUAUUCGCCUUUCUUUCAUUCCUUGGAUCAAGCAUUACAAGGCGCACUCUGAUUAAAGCUAAGUGUAUAUCAUCGAGGUUAUCAUCUUUCACAAUGCAGCUAUUUCAAACAACUUAUAAACUGCGUCAUUUUUCAGCCAAUUUACAAAACAUGAAUGGAUCAGCUUUUGGUGGAUGGCACGUUGCAGAAGUGAACUAGGCAACUCGAAACUUCAUCGUGAAGAAACAAUAGAUAAAUACUACUUCAAGAACUUAAUUCACAAUAUGUUAGUAGCCUGCGAUAGGUGCAGCAAGUGGAGAAGGGUAAAGGAGUAUCAGGAGGUGGACGAUGUUCCUGAUUUCUUCGAGUGUUCGAUGUGGAAUUUAAAUGGAGAGAAAGGGAACUGCUAUAUUCCUCAACUUGAAGACGAUACAAAAUAUACAAAUGGACACUACUCACCCGGCUCUAUUGUUUGGGCCAAAAUGAAAGGACACCCGAGAUGGCCUGCGAUGGUCGAAGACCAUCCAGAGGAACUUCGGCAUUGUAAAGAUCUUCAAACUGAACCGAAAUACCACGUGGUGUUUUUGGAUGAAAAAGUGUCCAGAAGCUGGAUAGUGGAAAAAUGUAUCGAACCAUUUAUACCGCCAUCUUCAGAUAAGAUACCAUUCAGACCACCAAAACUCAAAAGAGCGGUCGAAACUGCCAUGGAAGCUAUGAAAAUGAAAAGAGAGGAUCGACUGCUGACUUAUAGCUUUGCCGCACGCUACGCAAACAAGAAAACCAGGAGCCAAGGGAAGAAUAAACUUGAAAUCAAGCCCGGGACCAGCUACAACAAAUGUCAACUUUCAGAAAAUUAUGCACCCGGUGACUUAGUUUGGAUUGAAAGAGCAAGAUAUCCCAGAUGGCCUGGGAUGGUGGAAAAUGAUCCUGUGAAGCAGAUAUAUAUCAAUACUCUUUAUUCUGAAGUGGAGUACCACAUCGUUUUCUUCGAUGAGAGAGCUUCAAGAGCUUGGAUCAAGAAGUCGAGCAUCAAGCCAUUCUCGGACCCAGCUGAAGACGAGGGAACAUGUGAGAAAGUGAAGAAGGCCAUUGAGAAUGCAAAGAAAGCGAAAACGAUGUCAAAACAGGAACGAUUGACAACUUUUAGCUUUUCUGUUCGAAAUGGCAAAAGGAGACUCGAAGCUGGAAACAAUGCAUGCAGAAAAAAGAGAAGCUACCACGAAGUGGAAGCUGUCAGGCAAAGUCCCGAGCUUUUUGAAGAUCUUGACACCCCGGAAAUUCAGUAUAUGAAAAGUAUUUGUGGUUAUGAAGAAGGCUUUUUAAAAUACAGUAAAAUAAAAGUUCGCCAGAAUAAUGGUAUAUUCAAACAGUAUCAGCCGAAUUAUAAGCUGCCACCAAAAAAAGAAAUGACCAAAAAUUUGCUCGAUAUUGAUGAGAAGAGUGAUGAUGAUGAUUAUCUUUACCAAGACGUCUAUAGCUGCGGCUCUGAAUGUAAAAGAAUGUCUUCUGGAUCACAAGAUUCAGUCUACAAUGAUGUGACAACGAUAACAUCAGACAGUUCCGAGAAUGAAGAAGAGAUUCGUAUUCUUGAGAAGUCCUCUUUUGUCCCUCCUUUCCAGGAAGGGAGCUAUCCAUCAUGCAUACACCCCUAUACGCUGUCAAAAUUGGACACAGAUAAAUAAACUUAAAUGAUCUCCAGUUUAAGCAUCCUUUUGUAUAUAUUCACUCAUACAAGUACUGUGAGCGGUAGUUUACUCCUGUUGUGUUCUGUUCAGUGUUUCUUAAGAGAUGGGGAUGAGAACGAAAUUAGCUUUCACCAUGACCUAUAUUAUCUAUAUCAAUGAUAUAUCUCUAAGUAAUUUGUUGAGAUAUGUUAGAUUUUUGAUGUCGUGCAAGGAGGGGUGGGGGGCAUUUUCAUGAUGGAAUAAGCUUUAAUUAUUUUUUACGAAUCAAUUAUAAUGGAUAUAUGAUGGAUGACGGAUAUAUAUAUA